AUGGCAGACGGAACGUUCCGGGUUGCCGUCAUUGAUGUCGCAAGCAAGGGGCAUGCAACAGCUCUCCUUUCUAUCCCCGCUCCGUCCUCUCGAGGGGACGCACGGUGGGUCGUAAAAGAGGCGCUGGCGGGUAUCGGUUUAGCUGCAACGGAGCCGGCGGCGUCAGCCAUUCUCGCAGAGGGGCUCCGCAGGUGCGAUUUUCUCCUCCCCGCUCACAGCAGGGGGUGGGGUUCCUCCUCGGAAGAACAAUCCGCCGCCGCCAUCGGAGGCGGGGGCCCGGCAAAAGAAAGGCCGACGGCGAGUGGCGGGGAUGGGUGGGACUUCGCCGACGAUGCUGAUGAUGACGGAGACGUGAGAGAUGCACCGAGGGCGGCUGCGGCGGCGGCGGCGGCGGCGGCAGGGGAGCACGGGUCGUCGAUAGUACUGGCUGGAGGUGGCGGCGCCGCUGGCGGAAGUGGUGGCGGUAGGGAUGGUGGCGGUGGCGCGGUGGCGGCGGUAGGGCUUGGAUCCGCGGGCGAUGAAGGGGACAGGGACAGCGAAGUGCGGCGGCUGCGCGCACGACUGAUGUCCCUGCGGUACCUGUUGGACACGUUCCUGGCCCUGGAAGGGGAGCAAGGGUGCGCUUUCGACGCGGACGGACUGCGGGAGUUCCUGGGUCGCGGCGCGGAGGGGUCGAAGAAGGGGUUGGGAGACGGUGGUGCCGAGGAGACAGCGUGGGAGAACUUCCCUUACAGGAGAGACGCUCUCCGGAGAUCGUUGAUGGGGUUUGCGCGCAAGGGGGAGGCGUCGGCGGUGGGGGUGUUGAUGGAGAGACACCCGCUGGAGACGCUGCCGGCUAGGCUGGAGGCUCUCAGGACGGAAGCGACGACCACGAUGAUGAUGACGAUGGCGGUGCAGGCUCGUGAUGCGCCGUUUUUGGGCGGCCAAUCAGGUGCGAGGGUUUGUGCAGGCCAUAGGCAGCAAGCAGCGUGCCAUAGGUGCUCACGCGACGUGACCGGGCUGUCGACGGCAAAUGCCAACGGCACCGCCGCUUCUUCUGGCAAGGAUGAUGGUGGUUCCAUUGGCCAGAAGGACGUGUUUUGUGUCGACGCGCCGGGAGCGAGCGACGCCGACGAGAUUGCGACUGCGGCGGAGCGGCAGCGGGACUCGGCCGCGCUCGCCGCCUGGUACGCGGGCCGCGCCCGCGAGCUCGACGCCCGGGCGGGGCAGCUGCGGCACGCGGCGACCCUUUGCCGCUUCGGCGCACGGCGUGUUGUUGUCCCCUCCUCCGGGGGGUGGGCGGGGGGUGAUGUGACGGAAGGGCAGCUGGUGCGGCUUGAUCGCUUGCUACAGCACUUGACGUCACUGGUGUACGCCGGUAGCGUAAGCGCCUCCGUCACCCUUGCCGCGUGGGAGAGCAUGGACCUCGAGGAGCGGAUGUUGGCGGUGCUCUCGGCUUCGUCCGUGGGCACCAUCGCCGAUAACGUCCGCUCCUUCGCCUCCGCCGCCGCCGCAGGCGGGAGCGGCGGGGCGAACGGCGAUGAUCUCCUGGAGCGGCCGCCGAUUUCGGAGAACGUCAGGCCACGGGGGCAGGAGGGGUACGAGGCACCUACCUCUCAGGCGGUAUCUACCGCGGUCCCCCCUCGCUUGGAAGGCGUUGUGGUGCGGGUGUUGGGGACGCUGGUCAAGGCAGCGCCGUCGGCGGAGAGGAUGGAGGCGUGCGCCGCGGUGGCCAAGGCUAGCCGGCCCGAGGCGUAG